AUGAGAUUGACCAACACCGUCCUCAUUGCCCUCCAGGCAUCGAUGGGCUUGGGCUUAGUCGUCCCCAAAGAUAACAUUAAGAAGGAGGUUGCAGAGCACAAGCACAAAACUUCUGAUGAUGCCAUCCCCUACAAGAAGAACUUUCAGGGUUACGAAAAGAUCACCAAGAUUACUGCACACCGGUACUAUGGGCCCAAAGACCACAAGCAUCACCAUGAAGAGAAGGAGCAUGAUGAUGAAAAUGACGACGACAAGGAGGAACAUGGCCACCACUCCCAUGAAGUAAAGGAGAAGCACGAUAAAGAUGACCAUCACCAUGAGAGCAGGAAGCAUGAUGACGAUGACCAUGCCCACAAGGCCAAAGGGAAGGGUCACAAGGACAAGGAGGAGGACGACGAAGAAGACAAGAAACACGAUCAUGAUGAAGACGACGACGAUGAGGAUGAGGCUAAGAAACAUAAACUCAUCUACCAUACGGAAGAGUACAAGAAAGCCAAGAAGGGCACCAAGGAGAAAGUCCCUGUCUUCAAAGAUGUUGUGUUGGAGACCCCCCAGCGCCACAAACCCAAGCAUGAAGAUGAGCAAAAGCAUGACAAGGAAGAGAAGAAGGACAAGCCCAAUUCAAAGGACGGCAAAAUGUACAAGUAUAUUCAUCGAAAUGGAAUGGACCACAAGCGCGAUGUCGACAUCAACAUCCAUGCUCCAACGUACGAGCUCCAUCAUGAUUCCGACAAGAAGCAGGGCCAUGGCAACGCGAAGUUUGUUAAAAUCCUUCGUGUAAGCUCUCAAGGGAGUCAUGAAACAAAGUAUCCAAAGUACCAGCAUGAUGUCGAAAAGAAACACAGGAAGCCAACAAAGGCGUAUCACCCCCUUCAUAAGUCUCUCCAUCAGCACGAUAAGUCGAAGCAUCAUGAUGAACACGACAAGGAAAAACAACAUUAUAUCGACGAUGAAACCGCGAGGAAGCUUAUUAAGUUGAUGGGAGCCGGCUACUUGGGUGAGCCCCAUAAGGUUGAUAAGAAUCACUACUCGCUUCCUAAGCCUCACAGUGAGCAUAUCAAGUCUAAGCACUAUGAUAGUCACGACAGGGGUAACUUUGGCAGUGAAAAGAAGUAUCCACAGUCUGGUCCAGAAACGACCAAGCCGCUUCUCGACAUAGUCGACGACUUCUUCAAUGAGGAUAAUGGGCACCGUGGUUCUCCUGAAAAGCAAGUCUAUCGGUAUAAGUCUUAUCCUUCUCACGAUCACUCUGAUAAGGACCACACCAGCCACCACGAUGAAAGAAAAUCCCAUUCAAACCCAUCAAAGGAUCAUCAGCGUCAAUAUGAGCCCAAGGACGGAUACAAGUCUAAGCACGUAGCGGACGAGCACCCCAAUAAAAAAGAUCGUACCGCACUGCUCAAUGCCAUCAGAUACGUCUAUGAUUCGUCUUACAAUCCCAAUGCGCCCAAAUAUGUUGAACGCCCCCACAAGACUAAGCCAUCCAGAGACGACCAGGACUCGCAUCAUGAGUCUGAGAAAGAGCACCAUUCUCAUGACCGGCCUUCCUACCGAUAUAAAGAGCAUGCCGAGUACAAGCAUGAUGACAAUAAGAAGCACAUCAAGUUGAGCGAAGGUCGUUCCUCUCACUAUGAGCCAGGCUAUAAACACAAGGAGCUUGACUCACAUCACGAUGAAAAGGAGAGCAGCCAUGACCAUGAACAUGAGGACUCUGAAAAGGAUCAAUACUCGCAUUAUAAGCCUAUUUCUCAGUACAAGAAGAAUUUCGACUACAAGCAUGAUGAUGAGAAGAAGCAUAUCAAACUGAGUAAGGAUCGUGUCUCACAGCAUAGGCCAACCUAUCAUUCUAAGAAGCUUGAACCUCACCAUGACGAUAAAGAGGCCGAGCAUCAUGAAGCCCAUAACGAGUCAAAGGACCACCACUCACAUGACAAGCCAAGCUACUGGUAUAAGGAGCAUUCCGAGCAUAAGCAUGACGAUGAUAGCGAGCGUGGCCCGUUCGAUCAAAGAGUGAAACUUGAUCGUAAGCCUAUCGAUCACUACAGAAAAUCUGAACAUCACAAGGCCCACGAACAAGAUGACACGAAGUCAUACAGAGAUCACCAGUCUCACCGUGAGCCUCACACGAAGAGAUCGAACAAGCCGAACCCCAAUACACCACUUCCCAGGCUCAACGCCACUCAAAUCUGCAACCUCGAAUAUCUUCAGAAAUAUGACCGAGAGAGAAUCGUACAUGGUCUGCCCCUUGAUGAGGACGGCAAGAGCCAAUUCUGCGAUAUGGAGGAAAUCAGCCCUGAGCUGAUCGUCAAGCUCAAUGCCAUGUAUGCUAAGAUCGUUGAUGACCCCAAGUACGCGCCUUUUAUCAAGUACCUCGCCACAGACCGAGGGCUGGAAGAAGACACCGAAAACAAUAGAAAGAGAUCUGCUCCCGAGAUCAGCCCAGAGGCGCUUGCAAAGAUCGAAGCUAUGAAUCCAAUCCUUCGUGGCGUAGCUGCAGACAAACUCGAUUUUAACCCGAAACUCAAAAAGGAGUUUGUGAAUGCCAGAAAGCUCUAUCCCGGCCUUAUCAAGAAGCUUAACAAAGAGUAUGCCCGUGUUAUAAAAAAUCCCAAAUACAAGAAGAUCGUCGAGAAGCUCAAGUCUCCUGAGAAGCGAUCAUCCCCGCCCACGAUCAGCAAUGAGACACUUAAAAAGAUCGAAGCUAUGGAUCCAAUCCUGCGCCGCGUAAUGGCAGAGAAACUCGAUCUUCCCUCGAAACUCACGGAUGAGUUUGUGGAUUGCGGAAAGCUCGACCAUGUUAUGGUUCAAAAACUUAACUGGGAGUAUUCCCGCAUUUACAACAAUCCCAAAUACAAAAAGAUCCUGAAAGAGUUCAACACCAACUCCAAGCGAUCUGAGGGUAACGACGAGCUCAAGGACUGGAUCAAAGACGAGCUCAAGGACUUGGACAAGGUCGAGACCACCACAGACGAGACCACCAAGGACGAGAACAAGGAGACGCCGAAAAAGCUCACUGAGAAUCAGCUAAGGGCGUUGGGAUCUGUCCCUCCUGUGUAUCGCGAGAUUGUAGCCAUAGCGCUUGACUUUCCUAAGGGUCUCAAAAAACAGGUCAUGAAGAACGCGGUUUACAAGGGUGAACUUCUGGACACAAUGAACAAGGAGUGGGCCCGUGUUCAAACAGACCCCAAAUAUAAAAACUUUGUCAAGAAGAUGGAGAGGGUGGAUAAGAAAGUCCAGGAGUUGAGGGAUAAGAAGAAGGAGGAUGAUAAGAAGAAGGAGGAGUCGAAGGAUAAGAACAAGAUACGUGAGCGAUCUGUACACCAGCUUACCGAGAAGCAACUCGAAAGUCUCCUUCAACUGAACAAAUACGAUCGCCAGGCCCUCAUGAGAAAGCUUAAGCUAGACCAGUCACUCGCUCAUGAGUUCGUCAACGCUUCUAAGCUGACACCUCAUUUUAUCGAGAAGUUUAACGACGCUAUCGCCAAGAUUGCCGGCACUCCUGAGCACCAAGAACUCCUCAAGCUUGUUGGCCAGAAACCCCCCAAGGAUGAAAAGGAAGAUCAAGCCGAGGAGGAAGCCUUGAAGCUGGAAUCUGUCAAGCAGGAAGUACGCAUGGAAAUCGCCAAGGACUUGGAGCUCGACAAAUCCACCGAGAAAGAGUUUUUGGAAGCCGAGGAGCUGGCUGGUUCACUGUUGGAGAAGCUCAAGAAGGGUUUUGCGUUCAAGAGGCUGAAGAACAUUACCAAGUCAAGGAAAGACGACACUAAGCACCUCGAACUCGUGGAAGAACUUAUCAGGGUAGCCACACUGAAGCAAGAAGAAGCCGAGUACAAGGAAUCCCAGCGUAAGGACUCCGAGAAGAAUAAGAAGCUUACCAAGACUGACGAGAAAUUGAAGGAGAAGCUUAAGAAGACAAAAGACAACGGAUGGUGCAACGAGUUCGUUGGCGAGCUUGAGGGCACUUGGAACACUUCUGAGAAGAAGACGGAAAGUCAGAGCAGUUAG